AGCAGGCGUGAUUCAAGACACCCACAACCUCCAUCAAAAAGACGGCAUGAAAGUUACCGUGGGCUUCCUGCUGGUGCUCUGUCACCUGGCCGCCACUCGAGCCUGGACCUGCAAGGAAGCUCCCAGACUGUCCAGCGCUCGCCAGAUCGCGGCGGGCCAUGGUCAGGUUUUGGCCAGGAGCAGCUACAACCGAGUCUACUUCCUGAGCGGGACCUCCUGGUACAGGCUGGGCUCCGUGUCCCUCAAGGACGUCUCGGUGGGACCUUCUGGGAUCUGGGGCGUGGACUACACCAACAAGGUCUACAAGUUCAUAGCGGGCGAAUUUCGUCCGUCCUCAGGAUCAUUGCUGCAACAGGUGGAUGCUGGAGGUAACGGUCAGGUGGUCGGGGUGACUCCCUCCACCAACCUCACCUACUGCCUGAGGAGCAACUACGCCUCGGCCUUUAAGGGAGUAGGCUCACUGAGCUGGACCUACCUGGGCCGGGCGAUGAAGUCCUACAGCUGCGGACCCCUCUACGGAUGCUGGGGGGUGGACCAGAGUAACCGCUUGUACGUCUCGCAGGUGUCGCCGACCACAUGUUCCAGCAGCGGGUGGACACUGGUAUCGACAUCGAUGAGCAUGAUCGACGUGAGCGCCGAUGGGAGUGUUUUUGCAGUGAGCACCAGCGGUCUGGUCUACCAAAGGACUGGCAUCAGCAGAAGUCGCCCGCAAGGCGUGGGCUGGUCGUCUGUUCCAAUGUGCAUGGCCAUCACCUCCGUCAGCUACGACCUGGGACAACUCUGGGCCUUGACCAGUUCUGGGUUGCUCAUGCAGUGCACCCAUUAAGAUCAUCCUUUGGAUUUGGAUUGACCAACAUGUACUCAACUCUUUCCAGUUCUCGCAUCAACGACAAUAAACAGCAUGAUUAUAUAAAUCUA